AUGACUGAUCGAAACUUCCUAAAUGAUGAUUGCAUGAGUUGUAUAUGCACACACAUAUAUGCACACACUGCUUUGUCUGAGGGAUGGCAUGUGACAUUAUUUAAGUGGGUUCAGUCUUUAAUUCCAUCCUCUGUUCCAUGCUGCAUAAAGCAGCAAAGUAUGACAUCCAACCAUGGACCACCACCACCACUAAGUGUAGAGUACUUCUUCUGCAACUUCUACAAAUCUUAG